AACCACAUGUUUACGAGACAUUGGGAAAAGUACUUUGUUUUUACACAAUUUUGUGCAAUUAUCUGCUUGUUUUUAGGGAUAAAUCAUCUCUAAUGGUGUAAUUUAUUGUAGAUAACUUGGAUAGGGAUUUGAUUGUAUUUUACAGAUGAUUAGCGCUAUUUGUUUAGCUAUUUGUUUAAGUUGUAUUGAAUAUUAUUUAUAGGAAUCUAGUCUGCCAUUUGUUGCUUAUCAAGAAAACGACAUAAUAUUUUGAUAAAGCUAUGAUUUUGACCAAAAUUAAUGACGAGAGGAUAAUGAGAGUUGUUUCUUGUAACAGGUUUCCAUCAUGAUUUAUCAGCUGAAAGGGAGGCCAGAUAUUCCUCUUUAGCCUUUUCAAAGUUCCUUAUAUUUAACACCAAGGAAGAACGAUACUUCUUUUGGUAAAAUCGGGUAACGUUUCCCCAAAAAUUUCUACAAUCGAAGAGUUUAGUCAAUACUUCAUCACAAUUGGGUUCCUUGGAUAAACAGUUCUUAACCUCUAUCUCUUCUUUGUAACAGGGAUCACUCUUCAUCAGCUCUUCUUUUUUCUUUUGACGCUCCUGGAAAGCUUUGAAAUCCGAGUCUCCUUCUUUGCUCAUUAUUGGAACCGUUAACUAGAAUUGCGAUUAAAAACAAAAGAAAAUUACACAAAAAAAGAGAUCAAACGCAAUAAAAAUCAGAAGAAAGAGCAAACCACCUUACUCUUUGGUUUGUUUACAUAGGCUAAACACAUGGUUGAAUCAUAUGGUGACAAACGUGACUGGUAACCAAACUCAAUCUCCAACUUUUUCUCGUAAUGAUUUAACUAUGUCAUUUCUCGCAUCAAGAUCUUUACGUUAUUAUUGUGUUGCUACAAACAUCUCCAAACAAUCGUCAACAACUUUACCAGCUAAUCAACAAAAUAGCCCAACUUUUCAAACAUAUGUCGGUCUUGAUGUGCAUUGCAAAUUAAAUGUCAACUCUAAAUUAUUUUCUCGAAGUUCAAAUAAUUUUUAUGCCAAAGCAAAUCAGUGUGUAUCUUGGUUUGAUGCUGCCCUACCCGGAACACUGCCAGCUGUUAAUCGUCGGUGCCUCGAGCUUGCAAUUAAAUCUGCAUUGGCUUUAAACUGUCAAAUAAACCCAAUCUGUGUUUUUGAUCGAGAACAUAUAUUUGAACCUAGUUAUCCAUCUGGUUUUCGAUUAGUUCAAUCGAGAGAACCGAUUGCCUCCAAUGGACUCCUCAAUGUACCGAUCAAAGUGGACAAGACAUGUUACAUAAAAACUAUUGAAUUGAAAUCAAUUCACCUAGAGGAAGAUAGUGGUCACGUCUUUGUUAGUCAUUUAGACCAAUGUAACUGCAUCGAUCUCAAUUCUCGCGGACUCCCAUUAAUCAAGUUUUCAUUCAAAUCCACAAUAAUGACAGCUUUAGAAUCAUCUAGAUCAGUAAAUCAGUUGAUUCAGAUCCUCGAAAGGAUUGGAGCUUUUACUCCUAAAAUAGAGGAAAGAGCCUUAUCAAUCGACGUUAAAAUCAAGUUGGUCUCUGAAAAUACUUCAGAUUACGCCGUUACUAUUAAAGGAAUCAAUUCUUGCAGCUCUUUGGGCACUUAUAUUGCUAAUGAAUUCGGCCGUCAAAAAUACCUCAUUAAAACAAAUAACCCAAUGAGUGCAGACCAAACAUAUCAGGCCUUAACCUCUGGAGGAAUGAAAAAGAUCAAAACGGAAGAUAUUGAUCCCCGAUCAAUAAUAAAUUUAUCUAUUCCUCCAUUUAGAUUUGAUUCAACUGUACAAAAUUCAGAUGAGAAUGUCUCAUUAUCAAUCGAAAAAAUUGCUGCUGAAUUACCUUCUCUGCCGGACAGUGAAAGAUCUCAUCUUGUGGAUCAUUGUAAUUUAAAUUUACUUCAAGCAACUAAGCUUAUAGAAAAUGAUUACGCUCAGGUUGUCAUCAAGAUGGUAUCAAAUGAUCCCUCAAUUUGUUCAAACCAUUUGUAUAAUUUCACAAUGGAAGUGUUGAAUGCCGCAAUUGUUAAAACUAAUAGUGAGAUUAAUCAACUUUAUAAUUUUAUAGACAAUUUGGUUGAAUGUUUCAACUUAUUGAAAAGUAAAACGAUAUCUCGUCAAAAUGCAACCGAAAUGAUUGUCAGUUGUUUACAGGGUGAUAAGCGGUCUCCUGAUGAGCUAAUUAUUGCUAAUGAAUGGUCAAUCAUUGAAGAUGAUAAAAUAAUCACAGACUUUUGCAAAGAUGUUAUCAAAGUUCAUUGUACAUACGCCUUCUUUGUGAAAAGAGGGGAUAAGAAAUUUCUUAAAAAUCUAAUCAAACGAGUUAAAAUUGCUUCAAACCACCGAAUACCUGAAGAAAAAAUUAUGCAAAAAUUAGAUUCAUUAAUUAGCAACAUUGAUAAAGCAGCUCUUGCAAUUUUCACCACGAAUAGAAAUAAAAAGUCAAAAAAUAGACCGAAUCUUUUUCUCGAUGAAAAUCAAUAAACUAAAAGGCCACCUGUUAGUAGAGUCCGCAUCUUUGAAGCUUAAUUGCAAUAUGAUUGAAUUAUUUAAUCUAAUUUUUUUAAGAAAAUGAGUCCGGAAAAAAACUUUUGCGCAAAUUUUUUCUAUUUUAUUUAAUAAAUUGGUCAAAAUUUCUCGAAUGGA